CUGAGAGUAAAAAAGUGAUAUCGAUUCUGACCAGCUGUCAAACGUAUACAAAUUCAAUUUUCGGAUAUUUAAUUAAGUUUUUAUCUAAUUGUUAAGUGGAAUUUAAUAAUACCAGUACUAUUUUAGAAUAAUAAAAGUUAUUUCCUAAGCAAAGCAGGAAACUCGGCUGAAAAUGCAUUAUGAACGAGAGGAGUUUUGUGUCGUCAAGACCUGUAUGAAAAAAAAUUGCCAGCUGUUCCCUGUUCCACAUAAAGGCAGUAGUGUUUUCAAACAUUGGAGCCGAUUUGUCCAUCUAAGUGGGUAUCCUGGGCACCGGAUUUGUGAUGCUCAUUUUACGCCAAGUGAUUUUCUCUCUGUCAAACAGAUAAAGUUGAAGAUUACCUCAGUUCCAUCGAUUUUGCCAAAACGAGAAGAAAAAGUAUCAGCUAAAACCGGAUGCUGUGUUGUUGGGUGCAGAACCCGAAAAACGGCAAAGCUUCUGAAAUUUCCAGCAGCACUUUGUGCAAGGCGUAAACGCUGGAACUCAGUGCUCGGACUUCCGAUCGAUGAUACAACCCGUCUCAAAAUAUGUCGCCAACAUUUCACGUCUUCAGAUUUUAUUCAAACAACUAGGCGGUAUUUGAAGCCGAGUGCAGUUCCGACUCGAGGUGUUACGCUUCUAACUAAGAGAAAGCUGAUAGUGUACUCGAAGGAUUCAACAGAUAGUGAUGUCGACGACCAACCGGUGCCAGAGCAUGGAUAUUGUGUGCCAUACAAUCUACCUCGAAGUAGAGCUAUUUGUUUUGUUCCGAGGUGCACAGCUCGAGCAGGGAAUGGUAUUAAGCUGCACAAAUUUCCUCUACGCAACCGUGAAGCUUUGAAUAAAUGGAUUGGUGCAAUAAAAAGCAAGAAAAGGCCUACCAAGUAUUCCGCAGUUUGCAGCAGGCACUUUAAAGCUCAUGAUUACCUGGCAGGUUCUCGCAGUGGUUCUGCAGAAAUUCGUAUAUUGGCCUGAUCGAGAAGAGAUAAGAAACAACUUACCACUGUGUUUCAGAGGAAAAUACGAAAGUGUUAGAUGUAUUCUUGAUUGUACUGAAGUUCCUGUGGCCACGAUGAAGUGCAUCAAUUGUUGCAUAGCAUGCUACUCGAAUUAUAAAGGCAUGAGGACAGUCAAGUUCCUAAUAGGAAUUACGCCAGCUGGUUUAAUCAGUUUCGUGAGUAAAGCUUACAGUGGAAAAGCAUCUGAUAAACAGAUUUUCAACGACGAAAAUGUAUUGAGCCUUCUGGACCCAUUCACUGACGAAUUGAUGGUUGACAAAGGUUUCAACAUUCAGCAAGAAUGUUUUAAUCACGGAAUACGAUUGCACAUUCCUCCUUUCUUGCGAACGGCUCAACAUAGUAAAUCCGAUGCUAUACUAAAUGAAAGUAUUGCAAAAUCUAGGAUU